AUGGAAAACCAACCAGAUCCUUCCCCCAUCUGGGAGGACUUUACCACAGCCGAGAGAUCACACUCGGUCACCGGCACGGUGGAGGCGUCUGGGAUCGCAGGACUGGAAGGUGUCGAGGAUCCGACCUCCGAAGUUGGGAUCGAAGAGGGCGAUCCGAGUGGCCCCGAUCCUGAAGCAGGAGGGUGUACCUGA